CCACUACUAUUAUCCCUACUACUACUACAACUACUAUUAUCACUACCACUACUAUUAUCACUAAUAACACUACUAUUACCAUCACCACUAUUAUCCCUACUAUUACCAUCACCACUAUUAUCCCUACUAUUACCACCACUACUAUUAUCCCUACUACAACUACUAUUAUCACUACCACUAUUACCAUCACUACUAUUAUCCCUACUACUACUACUAUUAUCACUACCACUACUAUUAUCCCUACUACUACUACAACUACUAUUAUCCCUACUACUAUUAUCCCUACUACAACUACUAUUAUCACUACCACUACUAUUAUCACUAGUACCACUACUAUUACCAUCACUACUAUUAUCCCUACUACUACUACUAUUAUCACUACCACUAUUACUAUUAUCCCUACCACUAUUGUAAACAUCAAGGAUGAUAUCGCAACAUUUGAAAGUACGUGGUGUUCAAACCUCCUUGUGAAUGUGUGUAUGUGUUUUGUGCGGCAGAUGGUCCAGUCCAGACCUGCCCUUCCUCUCAGCCAAACAUGCUAGACCAAGGCCCCAGCCCCACACUCCCAGCACAGCACUGUAGCUAAACACUGCCCAGCAUACGGUUGUCAUUGUUAUUGUUCUGUCUACCUACUCACUGCCUCACUAGAACCAAGCCUUAUAGUAGCCUUACAGCUGGAUCUGGACAGUCUAAGCAGCUGUAUUGCUUCUGGGUCGACUUCAUUGCUUUAUAGCUAAAUUUGAUCACUUGACUAGAUAACCCAUAUUUGAAUAUCUCUCCUUUACUAUUAAUUUCCAUAACAAACAAGUUAAAUAAUUCACAGCUUAAGGAUUAACUCAGUCACGUCUCUCCCAUGAAAAACAGGAAACCCCCUGUAUGGACCACCAUCUUGGGUCCUGCAGGAGGGGCAGUUUCAGUGUGGUCAACCAUCAGACCCAGACAGACAAACCAUGCUUGUCCAUCUCCUAACUGCAGCAGCUGCUGCUCACUCUGACAGACCUGUCACCUCACAUCAACACUAAGACUGUGCCUCACUUCCUCACGAUACUCAAUACUAUACUGUAUGCUGCACUACACUCUGCUCCCUCCACUUUCAAAAUGUAUAGUCUUAGCUAGCUAUGACCAUUCCUGCCCCAGGGUCUAAUCUGGUUUGGUGACCUAAUCAAUUUACCUUUUCAACUUUAGACACCUCUUUCAUACUAUUAGAUCCACAUUUCGGGUGCUUGCGUGACCCUCAUGUCAGAGGGGCCGUGGCUGUGUGUUAGAAAUAAAACAGCCCUGACCUCCUGCAGCAAUGCUAAGAAGUCCUCCGUCCUGUAAUGGCUGCUAGCCUGCUAUCUGAUCCCUGUUGUUGGUGGGGGUGUUUCUAUCCUGAGGCACCACACUCAGUCUUACAAAUGAUAAAGCCAUUCAUGGCCUCAGUGGGGACAUCUGGCAUUUUGUGCAACUGCACAGCAUGUUAAGCUGCCAUGUUUACCACAGUGAAUGGAUGUAGGUGGCUGCAGGGUUUAGAAACCUUGUCUUCACAAUGUUCAGCAGUUGUACUGCACACAAUGCCCAAGUCUACAAGUGAACUGCCUCCCACAACAGUAACUAACUAGUCUAGGCUAUUUGUUUUAUGAACUCACCAAUCAUGCCUUCUAUUGGCACAUAGAGUUCACAGCAGGCAGCAGCAAUGGAAGCACCCCAUGGGGACCAAAUCAUUGGGACAGAAUGUUAAAAUGAAGUGUUUGCAUUCAACUCAAUGUAAGUCACUCAUUUUAAACCCCACGUGUCUUCUGUUUUCCAGAUGUGCACUCCAAGGAACACCCCAGCCACGCCGCCUAACUUCCCCGACACCAUCACCAUGUUCUCCAAGCUGAGGGCGUCAGACUGCUCGGGGAGCUCCGGAGGCGGAGUUCCCACCCAGGUGUCCAUGGCCUGCUCCCCCCCCUCCUCCACAGCUGGCUUCGGAUCCUUCUGGGCCUCAUCACCCCCCAACCACCAGCCCGUCUGGCUGCCCCCCUCCUCGCCCACAGGCCACCACAUGCACCACCACCAGUACCAGCACCACCACCACAUGCACCAGACCCCCAUGUGGCCCCCUGUGUCCCAGCCCGGCAGCGCCCAGCAGACCCCUGUUAUAUCGGUCCUGCAUGGCCAGAGAUGAGACUCUACCCAUGUGUGGGAGGGAGGGAGGGGGCCGGGGAGGAUAGUGUGGGGCUGUGCUGGGCGGGGCUAUGUGCAGCCUAAUGAAUCUACUAGGGGGUUGGGUGUCAGACAUUUACAUUACAUUUACAUUUAAGUCAUUUAGCAGACGCUCUUAUCCAGAGCGACUUACAAAUUGGUGCAUUCACCUUAUGACAUCCAGUGGAGCAGCCACUUUACAAUAGUGCAUCUAAAUCUUUUAAGGGGGGGGGGUUAGAAGGAUUACUUUAUCCUAUCCUAGGUAUUCCUUAAAGAGGUGGGGUUUCAGGUGUCUCCGGAAGGUGGUGAUUGACUCCGCUGUCCUGGCGUCGUGAGGGAGUUUACGCAAUUAUCUUUGAUACAAAGACGGCUAUGUAGCUAACUAAGAAGAAAUUGCUAAGAUUAGACAAAUCAAACCGUUGUACUAUAAUGAAAUGUAAUGAAAAGUUAUACUACCUGCAGACCGAAGUGCGGAUGCGACUGCUCGCUCCAACCCGGAAGUAGAACAAGGAUUAAAGGGUCUUGUUGGCCAAGGGGUAAAGACACGCUACUGUUGUUUUCCUUCCUUUCUGUUUUUCUAAAAUGAUGACGUCUGUCUCUGCUCUCUCUCUUCAUCAUAACUCAUCAAAGCCUGGGAAGAACCGGGAGAGAACCACUAAUAACAAUAUGAGGAAGUGGAAUAUAACGAAGGGGGUGGAGUCUCUAACCCCCCCAAGGACUCUGGGAAAGGCAGUUUUCUUUGUCAAUGCAAGUCGAGCCCUGGACCCAGCAGAGCACUUACUUAGGAUAGGAGCCAUGUGAUCUGCUAAAGUGCUUGAUCAUUGGCUGUUUUUCAAAACUCUACUCUCCCUUGGGGUUCAAUAACGCUCCAGUGAUGUGACCAGAUUUCACAAUAACCAGCAGACAAAAACAAAAUGGGACUGCAACACAAAUGAUGGUUUUGUGUUCUCGGCUGAUCUUAUGGCCCAGAAAAAAUGUUUUCAAUAUUGUUUGUGGUAUGGGGAUCUGUAUUGUACAGAUCAUGGACAAACACUGUAGCCAUUUUGUCAAGUUUCAUGUAGCCAUGUAUCCCUUUUUAAAAUGUCUAUUUUGUAAGUACUAUGUAGCUUAGUGAAACCUGACUCAGUGGCUCCACUGCAUGCUGUUGUGUCUGAGAAGUGGGCUCUUCAGUAUGUGUGGACUCGAUGCUUUGGUUUAAAGUGUCUGAAAGCUGACCUUCACAUCAGAAGUGUUUUAAGGAGACAUGUAAAGAAAUGUUAAUACUGUAAUUCAGUUUGUGUUGAGACACAGCAAAGUAUGCAAUCAUUUGAUGGAAGCCUGAAGCCAGUUUAAAGGCUGAUGCAUUUUUAUCAUUGUAUUUGGGAACAUUUUCUACCUAUGGAUGUCAAAGGCACUGCAUCUCAGUGCUAGAGGCGUCACUACAGACCCUGGUUUGAUUCCAGGCUGUAUCACAACCGGCCGCGAUUGGGAGUCCCAUAGGGUGGCGCACAAUUGGCCCAGCAUCGUUGGGGUUUGGCCAGGGUAUGCCGUCACUGUAAAUAAGAAUUUGUUCUUAACUGACUUGCCUAGUCAACUUUCUUUUGACUGAUAAUGUAAACUGGUUUUCAGUGACAAUUAUGGAAACAUCUUCUGAACUCCAUUGUAAAUAAAGGCUCAGCAGAAACAAAGUACAAAAACGUUGAACUCCGUAACCUGGCUGGGGACGAGAUUGAGAUCUCAGUUAUCUGUCAACACUGAACUUAAUCUGGUUUGCAAAUGUUUUGACUAACAUAGAUGGGUGUGUAUAGAUGGAUCUCUUCAGGUUUCUAUGAGGAGUGGAGGCCCACUUAGUGAUUUACUACACAACCUCUAGCAGAAGAUCAACUGGUCCUACCUCUGGUUAAAUGGGAGAGGCCGAAUGUAUUCCCUGCAGAAACAGUUGGUUUCAAUGGGUCAGAUUAGCAGAAUCUCUCCUAGUGCUCAAAACGUGUGUAAUUCCCUCCGUUAGAAUAGUGGCUGAUUGACUGAUGAUGAAUUGAGUGUCUUGUCAACUAUAGAAUUAUGAAUUUAGUACGGGUUGCAAAUAUUUACUAAAUGAUUGUUCAGGCAAUGUUUACAUAUGAGAUUCAGUGUACUGAUGAACAAUGCUUCAUAACCCAGAGUCUUACUUAUAGGUGAGCUCUUCAUACAACAGCCCAUGUCAGAACAUUUGCAAAUCUAUCAAUGGUGACAGAUGGAAAGGUAUCCAUUUUCACCAUCAUUCUCAUUAUAAUUAUCACAAAGAGGGAAUGGGAGGUCUGAACAGGUUGCAGUUGUAUACAGAGGGUACUUUAUCUGAAAUAAUGUCACAUUCAUUCAUGCCCUCACUAAAUGAUGCUUUAAUAUUAUGCCUGCCUGCCACGUCUUCACUCAGACAAUCAUAUUCACAUGAUCCCUCUGGUUAAAUACAUGUCAAAUCACAUUUGUCAAGCUGUGAACUUUUGUGAGGAUGAUUUUAUAAUGUACAAUAUGGACAGUCGUGUAGCGUUGGACAGAUGCCACCUGGCCAAUGUGGACCCUUGUCAAUGUCACCAGAAAGAAGGGACACUGCUCCACUGUGCUGCCAUGUGGUCUGUUCUGGUUCUAAAUCCAUGGAUCUUUUCAGAUGGACAUUAGAAACUCAACGGUGGUUCCUCUUGGGGUGUUCAUAGCACCGCCUCAUUCAUUAACUCAUGUGUUCUAUUAAGGGGAACGUUUGUUGUCAACUGCAUGAGUUUUGGUUGGGGAUUUUCCAGUUCUGUGUUUUUAACAAGGUGGGAGUGGAGGGUGGUCCCAUAAUGAGUGUUUCCUGCUGUGUGGAUUACUGGCUCCUCCUCCUCAGUAUUGUUGUGGUAACUAACACAGCCAGACACAGUAGUGUUGGGGGAUUAUGGUUCCUGUGGGGAUGUGACCCGGUCUCCAUUCUCCUGCCACAGCUUUGGAAUUCAUCAACAUAUUGUAUAAGGCUCUCAUGAAUCUCGGUCAACAGUAGACCAUUUGGUCCCCGUGAUAUCUGUAAAAACUGGGUGUUGUGAAAUCGAAAGUUCGAAAGUCAUGUUCACCCAUACAAGAUGUGCAGAAUGCAGAAGUCAAAUGCCAAGCCAUUUGCAGUGCACUUGAGUAACACAAGAACUUCUCAUGGACCCUCAUUUACAUCUCUCUAAUCCAGCUUUUUAUAUAGAUAUUUCUCUCCUGUACUGUGUUUAUUUCCCCUGUUGAAAUGUGUAUUUAUAUGUUUAAUAAAAUAAGGUAUGAUCUGCUAA